GAGCUGACAGAAAUAAUGAGACAGAAAAAUGAUCAAGCAUUCACUGCUCUUUUGAACAGAUUCAGAACAGCAACUCAAACAGAUGAAGACAUAGAGGCUAUUCAGUCAAGACAAAUUAGUCCAACAGAUAUUAAUUAUCCAUCAGAUGCUUUACAUAUAUGGGCAGAAAAUAAGCCAGUAGAUGAACACAACAGAAUGAAAUUAGAGCAAAUACCUAAACCAAUGUUUACAGUUAGAGCAAGUGAUCUAUAUCCUACCAAUGUAACAAAACAAGAUAUAGACAGAGUAUUGUCUAGAGGAAGAUCUGAAACUGGUGGUCUUGAUUAUAAAUUCCAUUUGAAAGAAACUGCAAGAGUAAUGCUUACAUCUAACAUUGACAUAGCAGACAGGCUAAUCAAUGGUCAAAUUGGUACUGUAUUCAAAAUAGAUUCCAAUCCAAACACUCAAAACCCUUCAAUAAUAUACGUCAAGUUUGAUGAUAACAAAGCAGGAGAAAACAAAAUAAAUAAUAGUAAUAACCAAUAUGCCAAACAACACAAGGUUGUACCUCUAGAACCAAUCUUGGUUAAGAUUAAAGUCAGACCUAAUAAGCCAUCAUCACCUGAAAUACAAAGAGUACAGUUUCCAUUAACACUAGCAUGGGCUUGCACAGUGCAUAAGACACAAGGUCUGACUUUAGACAGAGUGGUAAUUAGUUUUGACCUCAAUAGACAAAAAAAUUUUAACUAUGGCCAAAUAUAUGUAGCCUUAAGUCGCGCAAAAACAUUACAAGGUAUUCAUAUACUUGGAAAAAUUGAACACAAACAUGUGAAAGCAAAUGCAAAAACAUCUGAUGAAUAUGAAAGAUUAAGAAAAGACUUCAACAAACUCGGCAUUCAUGAAUGUAAUCAGGAACAAAGUUUCUGCUCAACAAAAUCAUUAGUAAUCACUCUCCUUAAUAUAAGAUCUCUUAAUAAACAUAGUAUUGACAUAAAAUAUGAUUCUGCUGUAUUUAACAGUGAUGUUUUAGCUCUUACAGAGACACAACUUCUUCCUAAUACAAAUGGUGGCAGAUUCUUUCUGCCCCUUGAAAAUUAUCUAAAUAAGGGCCUAGGACACAGUCCAGAAUCAAGAAUGAUACCGUUAAACAUGGUCACUGUAAACAACAAAGCUAUAAAACAACGACUUCAAAAACAUGCCUACCAUGCAGAGUCCUACAAAUACCCAAGGGAGUAUUAA